AUGUUAACCAGUAAAAAAGUUUUUUCGGUUUUUUUAUACACUUUUCUUCUUACGGCGACGACAUUGAGCGCCCUUACAUUGGCCGAAGUUCCACGUCCCAUUGGAGUGCCAUUGGCCAAGGCUACGUUGUAUAGGCCCAAUGGCGACAACUCCUGGAAAUGUUUGGAUGAAAGUAAGACUUUGAAAUUCACCCAAAUUAAUGAUGAUUAUUGUGAUUGCCCCGAUGGCAGUGAUGAACCGGGCACUUCCGCCUGUCCCAAUGGCAUUUUCCAUUGUAUAAAUCAGGGUCAUCGCUCACAAGAUCUUCCAAGUUCGCGCGUAAACGAUGGCAUUUGUGACUGUUGUGAUGGCAGUGAUGAAUAUCAUCCAACGGCGGGGCGAUGCUCAAAUUCUUGCGAUGAAUUGGGUCGUGCGGAAAGAGAACAACGCAAAUCACAAGCGGAAAUGUUGAAAAAGGGUGCAGCCAAGCGUUCCGAAAUGGUGGCUAGGGGACAACAGCUUAAGGCGGAACGUGAAAAUCGUCGACGUGAAUUGGAACAACGUCGCCAGGAACAAGAGGCUUUGAAGAAGGAAAAGGAGGAAAUUAAAAAGCAAGCCGAAUCUUUGGAAUCGGAAGCCAUUGCCUACUUCAAAGAAUUGCACAAAGAAGCUGAAGCUCAACAACAAAAGGAAGAUGAUAACUUGCAUCAGCAACUGCCAAAUGAAGCUGCCGACAAAUUUAUGCACUAUGACACCAAUAAAGAUGGCUUUGUGGAAAUCAUCGAACUACAGGUGGAUAUUAAUCUAGACAAGGAUCGUAAUGGGGCGGUCAGUGUGGAGGAGGCAAAAUAUUUCCUAGAUGAACGUGAUCGUGUUGAUUUGGACAGUUUUAUCACACUAUCCUGGCCACGCAUUAAACCUAUGUUGAUGAUGGCUCAAGGUAUUUUCAAACCACCACAAUUGCCCAAUGAGGAGGAGGAGCAUGAGGGAGAAAAUGAUAGAGAAGAGAAGACGGGAGGUAAUGCUGAAAUUGAUGAUAUGAUCACGGAAUACAAUGAACGUGGUGAAGAAGAAGCCUAUGAAGAUGAUGAAGCCGAUGUGGGUGAGGGUACUGUACAAGAUACUCAUAAUGCCCCAACACCGGAAUACGAUGAAGAAACCCAACGUAUUAUCAAUUUGGCAAAUGAGGCACGCAACUCCUUUGCCGAAGUUGAACGCACAAUACGUGAAAUCGAUCAAGAGAUUCGUGACAUCGAUGAUCAAAAUUCCAAAGAUUAUGGUCCCCACGAUGAAUACGCCAUACUCGAAGGUGAAUGCUAUAAAUUUGAAGAUCGUGAAUAUGUCUACACAUUGUGUCCCUUCGAACGAGCCUCACAACAGGGACGUAGUGGUGGUGCGGAAACCACUUUGGGUAGAUGGGAUCAGUGGUUGCACGACGAUGGCGGCGAACGUAAAUAUACUAAACAAAAAUAUGCCCAUGGUGCAUCCUGUUGGAAUGGUCCCCAGCGUUCGGCAAUUGUGCACUUGAAGUGUGCCCUAGAGACACGGAUUACGGCGGUUAGUGAACCCAAUCGUUGUGAAUAUUUCUUUGAUUUCGAAACACCAGCUGCUUGUGAUGAGGAAGCAUUCCAGGCCGAAGAACAACGUUUCAAAGAUGAAUUGUAA